UAGAAUGAGGGAAGCCAAGAGGAAUUCUGAAUCUUCAUCAACAGAUGAAGUGGGACAGGGAGAGUUAUACUGUCCAGCAUAUGCACUUAAAGUGGAAACUGGACCACAGAAGAAGCAGCAUCCUCCAGGCAAAGCCAAAGAAAAGGCUGAACAGGAUGACACAAAGGAGGUAGGAAAUGAAAGCAACAGAAGGGGUGAAAGAAAGGGGAAAAAUGGUAAUGAAGAAGGUCAUCAAGGCAGAAGGGAUGAACAUGAUCAUCUUGAACUGCUGCAAAGGGAGGAAAGCAGCAAACCAUCUUCCAAGCUUUAACUUUCAUGCUUUAUUACAUAUGUACAUCCAUGUUCUGAAUGAAGGGCUCCAUG